AUGGAUGCUCAACAUAGUGGGAGAUCUAACAAGUAUUUCUUUGUCUUUGGGGGUAGAAAGCAUACUCUUACCCCAUUGACACCCUAUCAAGUGAGUGAGGACUAUAGAAUCAUGAAAGAGCUCCGAGAGAGAGUGCAAAAGGAAGAGGUUGAAAAGGAGUCCUUACUUAGCCAAGAGGAUCAAAGGGUAACAAAAGGGAAAGCCAAGAUAUGCACAUUUGCCAAACCAAGCAAUUGCUUGAAAGGUGUUGAUGACGGGCGCUUCAUGGAAUCUGAUGAGCUAUUUCCGGAGGAGAUGCCCAAAGGACUGCCUCCAUUGAGGGGCAUUGAACAUCAAAUUGAUUUUGUGUCGGGAUCCCAAAUUCCUAACAAACCGGCAUAUAUGAGCAAUCCGGAGGAAACUAAGGAGUUGCAAAGAGCAGUCAACAAAAUCACGGUAAAGUAUCGACAUCCUAUUCCUAGACUUGAUGAUAUGUUGGAUGAGCUAUGUGGCUCAAGUGUAUUUUCGAAGGUUGAUCUUAGAAGUGGCUAUCACCAAAUUCGUAUGAAUCCGGGUGAUGAGUGGAAAACGGCCUUCAAAACCAAGUUUGGUCUCUAUGAGUGGCUUGUUAUGCCAUUUGGCCUAACCAAUGCACCUAGCACUUUUAUGAGGUUGAUGAAUCAUGUCUUGAAGCCCUUUAUCAAUAAAUUUGUGGUUGUCUAG